AUGAGCUGGAAUUCCCGAAGGCUUGGGAACCCUCGGGGCAUUCGAACCCUUCGAGAUCUUGUUCGAAGGGAAGCUCCUGAUGUGGUAUUUGUUAUGGAAACUAGAUCUAGCACCGCUCGAAUGGAGGUCCUCAAGGUUCAAAUGGGUUUUUCGUGCCUCUUGUCGGUGGGCAGUACUGGAUGGAGUGGUGGCGUGUGCCUCUUCUGGUGUCACGAUGUAAAUCUUAUUUUACGUACUUACUCUCACUUUCAUUUUGAUGUGCUUGUUUCGGAUCCCAUUUCUAGCGUUUCAUGGCGUUUGUUUGCGAUUUAUGGUCAUCCGGAGACACCUCUUAGACAAAAUACCUGGAACUUGUUACGAUUACUAAAGGACCAAAUGUCUGGGCCGUGGUUAUGUUGUGAGGAUUUUAACGAGAUUUUGAAUCUCUCAGAAAAGUUGGGUGGUCGGGUGAGGCCUGCUAGUCAGAUGAGGGGUUUUCGAGAUGCAUUGGAUUACUGUCAAUUACAUAGUAUACCUGCUGUCGGCCCUUUGUAUACUUGGAGUAAUUUUCAGGAGGGCCCUGCUCUUGUCCAUGAGCGGCUAGAUCGCUUUAUCAACAACAUGGAUUGGUUGGAUUUAUUUCCAAAUUGUCAAGUUUCCAAUCUUCUUACCCCUGUUUCUGAUCAUACUUGUUUGGUGUUAACUACGGAGGUCUCAGUACAACCUGCACCCCGGACAGCUCGUUUGUUUAAGUUUGAAUCUAUGUGGGUGGGGGAACAGGGCUGUGAAGAAUCGAUUGCUAGGGCUUGGUCUUUAUCUUCCAACUCUUCAUUGGUGGAUAAAAUCAAACAAUGUAGUCACCAUUUGUCGGAUUGGAGUAAGGCAUGUUUUGGCAAUGUUCGACAUGAAUUGGCUAAGAAAAGAAAGGAACUGGAACAGUUACAGAGUAUCUCCUUCCCCUCUUAUCCUUUGCACGAAAUAUGA